AUGAAAUUGAAUAUAAAUUUAUUCAUUAUGCGAUUAAAGGUAGCCAUUUUUGAAGAUGUGACUAUGGAAACUGAAGAAAACUCUGAUCUCCUUUCAGAAAAUGACUAUAGCAAGCAAAUCGAGAUUUUGAAGCUUGUCAAUCAUUUUGUGGUAUUGUCCUUUGUUAUCAAUAUCUUUGAUGAACGGGUUUGCACUUGUAAAAUUACUUUACUUACGAUUCUUAUCAUGAUUGCUUUUGUCUUGAUAUAUAUGUUAUGUAAAUUCUUUUUGCGAAUCGUGGGUUAA